UGAUGCAGCUGCUUUUCUUUCCAUACACCCUGUGUCUGCGAGCAUUCAGGUCCCAGGACGACUCAUACAACAAACUCUUCACUGCUGCAGAACUCUACUUUCUAGCUUGUUUGAAACUUCUCUUCCCAUCACCGGUCAGCAUCAGUCUGCUGGUGGGUGUCCUGGAGAAACUGCAACACCAUAUCUGACCACCAAUUUUCUACAUCCACCCUGCCGACCUCAAGUCCUCCCUGCGGCCCUCUGGAAUCUCCAGUCCAGAUCCUGACCUGACAUACUGAGCUUGGAGGAAGAAGAGAAGUUCUCUGAAACAGAGGACAACAGGAGGAGACUGACCACAGUGAGAGAGAUCCGGAUCAUCUGUCAACAGACAGACAGGUGAGCAGUGAUGGGGGACUGGAGCCUCCUGGGGAACAUUCUGGAAGAAGUCCAGGAACACUCCACCUCAGUGGGGAAAGUGUGGCUGACUGUCCUCUUCAUCUUCAGGAUCCUGGUCCUUGGCACGGCCGCAGAGUCCUCCUGGGGCGACGAGCAAUCCGACUUCCUGUGUGACACCCAGCAGCCUGGCUGCACCAACGUGUGUUACGACCGGGCCUUCCCCAUCGCUCACAUCCGCUACUGGGUGCUGCAGAUUGUGUUUGUGUCCACGCCCUCGUUGAUAUACAUGGGCCAUGCCAUGCACACGGUCAGGAGAGAAGAGAAGCGGCGACGCAAGGAGCAGGAGGAGAGGAGAGAAGAUGGGGAGGACACUGAGGGGGAGAAGGAGUACCUCCAGCAGAAGGAGCAGUCUUUGGAGGUGCCGGGGCGCAUCCGCCUACGUGGGGCACUGUUACAGACCUACAUCCUCAGCAUCCUCAUUAGGACGGUGAUGGAGGUGACCUUCGUUGUGAUUCAGUACAUGAUCUAUGGAGUGUUCCUCAGGGCACUGUAUCACUGCAAGGCCUGGCCCUGUCCCAACCCAGUCAACUGCUACAUGUCCAGACCCACAGAGAAGAACGUCUUCAUUGUCUUCAUGCUGGUGGUGGCAGGCGUGUCCCUGCUCCUCUCUGUGAUUGAGCUCUAUCACCUGGGCUGGAGGCGAGCCAGGAAGUGUCUGAGAAAUCGAGCCCUUCAGAAGUCCGCCAUCAACAAUGCUGUAGCCGUACCUGAUGCCAUGGAACGAACCUCUGUGCCCUGCGCCUCCCCCCUGUCCUGCACGCCUCCCCCUGAUUUCAGCGAGUGCCUGACAUCGCCACAGGCGAUGAGUCCAAUGACCUCCUCAAUGACCUCUCACCCCUUCAACCAGCGCAUGGCGCAGCAGCAGAACUCUGCCAACAUGGCAACUGAGCGCCAUCACAGCCUCGACCACCUGGAGCAUCACCACGACAACGUGGAGGUGGAAGGGAGAUUCCUGAGGAUGAGCUAUGACCAGGUUCCCACUAGCUGCUCGCCUCCACCUGCUCUAUCGCAUGCUGGGUACGUAAAGGACAAACGACGUCUCAGCAAGACCAGCGGGACGAGCAGCUGGGUCCGUCCUGACGACUUGGCCAUUUAGGAGCACAUGUAGGGGUAUAGGUGGGGGAGAAUGGGAAGUCUGGGGGAAUAAAAAGAAUGUCUGCUCUCUCAGAACGACAGAGAGAAAGAUGGGAAGUGAGGGGUUAAAGAGUGGUGUAGAGUUUCAGAUACAACAUUGCUGGACCUAGUCUCAAAAGUAGGGGGAACCAGAAAGAUAUAAGGAGAUUUGUUUUAACCAUGGACACUAGUGAGGACCAGAAAAGCAACAGCGGCCCCAGAAAGGUGGGACCUGCAGCAAACUCUGGAGAACAAUGAAGAGAAUGUGUGGGCCUAAGACUACCAAGAGAGAGAGUUAAAUCUGUGUCUGUGUCCUCAAAAAGAAGGUUGGAUACGGAGAACAGCAGCAUACAAAACAAAACACUACGAGCAAUGUGAAACUUGCUGACCUUGGUGGAAAGACAAGAACAUGUUUGAUCUUUUUUACGUUGACUUAUAAUGCAGUAAAAAUUAUGUUGAAAUUAGGAAAAAACUUGAAGCCAUUUCACAAUUAAUUUCUUGAUAUUUCUGAGUAUUACAGUAGUUCUACGGUCAACUCGCCAUUCAUCUGCACACACACACAGUCAGGUAGAAGAACAUCCAUAAUCCUAUGAGUUAUGACCAUGGACCUUGCAAUGACGCAGGUUAUCCUCAGUUGUCAUGCGGCUGUCAGCUUUAAACUUGAAAGUGAAAUAGUGACACACGUCAGUAUUUAUUAAUUGUGUCUGCUUCAAAUAGCCACAGCUAUCUAUGUGUUUGAAUCCUGACUUUUUGGGGAACCUGGAACAGGAAGUACUUAUCUCUCGGAACGGAGAAUAACAGGUGCAAUGUGGAAAGCAAAUGCUGAAUGCCAUAAGAGUUUAAACGCUGAAUGACGCUGAAUUAUGCAAUAAACUAUGCAGUAAAAUAUGACGCUGAUCGUUUUUGAGAAUGUGGGUGUACUCUGAGAAAGUGUCUAAAGGCACACUAAAUAGAAGACAGGGUUUAUAUCCUCCAGAGUAUCAUCUUAGAUCGGAAAACACUUUUUAAAAUACAUUAUUAGUAUUAGACUAUGCAUUUGAAAUUUCAUUUCAGUCAAGCCAAAGCCAAACAGAAGGAUGUCUGUCAAAUCCUGGCGUUUGCUGGUGGUUUAUGUUUUGACCACUAGAUGGAGACAUUUCUUUUGCGCUUAUCUUUUUCGUCAGUAUUAAGACUGUGGUUGAGACCUACUUGAAUAGUGGUAAAGCCAUAUUGUAUCAAUUCAUGAACUAUUAUAUCAAUUGUUUUGUUGAAGUACUCCUCAUAUUGAAUAAUUGUGUGUCAACAGUAAAGUAGAAGUAUGGCAAGUCUAUGAUACCCUAUAGCCAACGGCUUUUGCACUGAGGUUUAUGAGACUCGGGAAACGGGAUACAUAGUUCCUUCUACUUGGGACAAGAAUCAAUCCAACUCGACGUAAGCUUAUAAUAACUACUUUAAUUAUAAUAACUACUUUUUUGGAUUCACGGAUUACUGUACCAUAUCAACUGUCUAUCAAUACUUUUUUCAAUUAAAUCUGCAAUAAAAUAAAAUACCUCCCCGCAU